AUGCAGGGCAGCCUGGAGCCGCUGGGCGGGGGCAGGGGGCCGGCGGGGCCGGGGGACAGCCAGGCCGGGGCAGAGCUGCGGGAACUGGCCCUGAGGUGGUUCGUGGAGACGCAGGCCCCCCUCAUUCUGCAGGACGGAGCCCUGCCCCCCUGGUUCCACGGAUUCAUCACCCGCAAGCAGGCGGAGCGGCGGCUCGGGGACCAAGCUGUGGGCUCCUUCCUCGUCCGCCUCAGUGACCGGGCCACCGGCUACAUCUUGUCCUACAGGGGCCGCGACCGAUGCCGGCACUUUGUCAUCACUCAGCUCCCCCACCGGCGCUACCUGGUCUCGGGGGACACCCACAGCCACGGCAGCCUGGCCGCGCUGCUGCGCCACCACCAGGGGGCGCCCUUUGAGCCCUUCGGGGAGACCCUGGCUGCGGCCUGUCCCCGGCCGCAGGACGAGGACCCCUACGAUGCCAUCACCCUGGGCCUCCAUGGGGACCCCCCGGGCCAGGGAGACGCACCUGCCGGACCGUCCCCCUGGGGGGGCCCAGGCCAGCCCGGCAGCCCCCGCCCCCCGCCCAGGCCUCGGAGCCCCUUCCUCGCCACCGCGGAGCAGAGCCUGCAGCCCCCCGGCCGGGUGCCCCCCGUCCCCGAGAGGAGGGCCUCGCUUCCGGACCCGCCAGAUGGGGGCUCCCCCGACAUCGUCUACGCAGAACUGAGGCAAACGGCCCCAGCGCGGCUGGGCCUGGGCACCGGCAGGCCCGGGCCGGGGCCAGCAGGCAGCCAGGCCUGCUCCCCGGACAGCGGGGCCCAGAGGCGGGCCUGGGACGGAGGCCAGCACAGGCCCGAUGCCCGGGGGCCCCCCCUCUCCGCGAGGACCCCAGCCCCCAGCCCCGUGGCAUCUCAGGCUCCCUGGGGCCGCCUCCCGCCGGCUGAGGCUCCGGGACCCUCAGCUGCCCCCUGGAGCCAGGGGUCCCCGCAGCCCAGCCCCCGGGCUCAGCCCUGCUCCCCGGACAGCGCUGCCCACACCUACGCGCUCCUCCUCCGGACGGCGGGCUCCCUGGGGGAGGAGGACGGGGGUGAGCCGGGCCAGGAGGGAGGCAGCGCCUACGAGCAGAUCCCAGCCUGCUGGGGAGGCCCCGCCAGGCCCCCCGUUCCCAGGCCGGUUCCUGGGCCGGGUCUCACGCCGGGCAGGCUGUCGGGGCCCACGGACUGGGGCCACCAGGGGACUCCGGGGCCCCCCGAGGCCAGGAGCCCCUGUGAGCAAAGCCCAGCAGCCAAGAGCAAGGAUGCCGGGCGGCCACAUAAGCCCGACAAGUCCCGGCGGCUCUUCUUUGCGGACAAGAAGCCCAGACCCUGA